AUGGUGAAGUUGUUCUUGAUUAGCCUUAUUCUCACCAGCAUCACGUUGAAUUGCUUUGGUGUGUGUCAGUACGAAGAACAGGACAUGAAGUGCGCUGUAAGGUUUUGUUUUUAGCUUGAAGGUAGAUGUCAGGCCUGCAAAUGGGGUUUUAGGCUUAAAUUCUGAUGUUUUAAGCCUAAAAACGGUUUUUAUGCUUAAAAACGAAUGCUUUAGGCUUAUUUUUAAGAUUAAAAAUCCAUUUCGAACUCUCAAAUGAAUAGGCCUAAAUUUUAAACAUUAAAUCAACCUUACAAUUCCAGGGCUGGUGGGAGAACAAUGCUAUAUUCGAGCUGAAGUCACAGAUCUGCUUGAUGUGCCAUCAGCUUCGCGGUCACGGUGGCCCGAACUUUCGUGCUCGCUGUGCCCACAACUGUUUCCAUAAUCGAGAUUUCCCGACUUGUAUGAACGACGCCAAGAGCAUGAUUAUCCAACACUGUGACCACGCCACUGAUAAAGAUGGUUGCCUGCAGAGGAUGAAACAACUUCAACCUUAUGAACGGACUUGA